AUGAAGGUUUUCAUCACAGGUGCGUCGGGCUUCAUCGGCCGCGCCGUUGUCUCCGACCUCGUGAAACAUGGCCAUGAAGUCGUAGGCCUCGCUCGCAGUGGUGCCUCGUCCGAGAAAGUCAAGCAGAUUGGCGGUACCGUUCUCGAAGGGAAUCUGGAAGACGUGGAGUCACUACGCAAAGGUGCAAGAACAUGUGAUGCGAUCAUCCACUUGGCCUUCGUCCACGACUUCUCUUCGCCAGAAGCCUAUCAGAACGCGACUUUGGUCGACCGCACUGCCAUAUCUGCCAUGGGCGACGAAAUAGCUGGCACUGGCAAGGCUCUAAUCAUAGCGUCUGGUACACUCGGGUUCCCACAAGGUCAACUUGCCACCGAAGAUACUGAGCCGGUGCGAAAUGGGCCAAUGUCCGAUCGCACAAAAUCAGCCGACUUGGUCCUCCAGCUUUCCAAGGAGAAGAACAUCUGUGGAAUUGUCAUCAGGUUCUCGCCCACCGUCCACGGCAAAGAUGACUGGGGCUUCAUCACGAUGCUAGGAGAAGCUGCCAAGCGCGACGGCUUCGCUACAUACAUCGACCAAGGCACUUCACGAUGGUCCGCUGUCCACCGCUAUGAUGCUGCUACUCUUAUGAGACUUGCGUUGGAGAAGGGAAAGGCCGGAGCAGUCUACAAUGCUGCUGCAGAAGAGGCAAUCCCCAUGAAAGACAUCAUGACCGCAGUCGGCGCUAAGUUGAAUCUGCCGGUAAAGAGCAAGACGACCGAGGAAGCUCAGCCUUCGCUGGGACUUUUCGCCCACAUCAUCAACUUCGACAAUCCGACUUCAGCCGAGAAGACGCGUAAGGAGCUGGGUUGGAAGCCCGAACACCCGGGACUGCUUGAAGAUAUCAGGGAGAAUUAUUUCACUGCAUAG